UCCCCCCCCUUCUCUCUCUCUCCGAGGGGGGGGGUCCCGGGGAGGGAGGGGGGGUCCCCCGAUCAGCAUGUGGCUCCUGGCGCUGUGUCUGGUGGGGCUGGCAGGGGCUCAACGGGGGGGAGGGGGUCCCGGCGGCGGCUCCCCGGUUGGCCCAGGCCUGGGUCUCAGCAGCCUCGGGGAGGAGCGCUUCCCAGUGGUGAACACGGCCUAUGGGCGAGUGCGCGGCGUGCGGCGCGAGCUCAACAACGAGAUCCUGGGCCCCGUCGUGCAGUUUUUGGGCGUGCCCUACGCCACGCCACCCCUGGGCGCCCGCCGUUUCCAGCCGCCCGAGGCCCCCGCCUCGUGGCCCGGCGUGCGCAACGCCACCACCCUGCCGCCCGCCUGCCCGCAGAACCUGCACGGGGCGCUGCCCGCCAUCAUGCUGCCCGUGUGGUUCACCGACAACUUGGAGGCGGCCGCCACCUACGUGCAGAACCAGAGCGAGGACUGCCUGUAUCUCAACCUCUACGUGCCCACCGAGGACGGUCCGCUCACAAAAAAACGUGACGAGGCGACGCUCAAUCCGCCAGACACAGAUAUCCGGGACUCUGGGAAGAAGCCGGUGAUGCUGUUUCUGCAUGGCGGCUCCUACAUGGAGGGCACCGGGAAUAUGUUCGAUGGCUCCGUGCUGGCCGCCUAUGGCAACGUCAUCGUGGCCACGCUCAACUACCGGCUGGGGGUGCUCGGCUUUCUCAGCACCGGGGACCAGGCUGCAAAAGGCAACUAUGGACUCCUGGACCAGAUCCAGGCCCUGCGCUGGCUCAGUGAGAACAUUGCCCACUUUGGGGGUGACCCCGAGCGCAUCACCAUCUUUGGAUCGGGGGCCGGGGCCUCGUGCGUCAACCUUCUGAUCCUCUCUCACCAUUCGGAAGGGUUGUUCCAGAAGGCCAUCGCCCAGAGCGGCACGGCCAUCUCCAGCUGGUCUGUCAACUACCAGCCGCUCAAAUACACGCGGCUGCUGGCCGCCAAAGUGGGCUGUGACCGGGAGGACAGCGCCGAGGCCGUGGAGUGCCUGCGCCGGAAGCCCUCCCGGGAGCUGGUGGACCAGGACGUGCAGCCCGCCCGCUACCACAUCGCCUUCGGGCCCGUGGUGGACGGUGACGUCGUCCCCGAUGACCCUGAGAUCCUCAUGCAGCAGGGAGAAUUCCUCAACUAUGACAUGCUCAUUGGCGUCAACCAAGGAGAAGGCCUCAAGUUCGUAGAGGACUCGGCCGAGAGCGAGGACGGCGUGUCCGCCAGCGCCUUUGACUUCACCGUCUCCAACUUUGUGGACAACUUGUACGGCUACCCGGAGGGCAAGGACGUGCUUCGGGAGACCAUCAAGUUUAUGUACACCGACUGGGCCGACCGGGACAACGGCGAGAUGCGGAGAAAGACUCUGCUGGCGCUCUUCACAGACCACCAGUGGGUGGCACCGGCUGUGGCCACUGCCAAGCUGCACGCCGACUACCAGUCCCCUGUCUACUUUUAUACCUUCUACCACCACUGCCAGGCUGAGGGCCGGCCCGAGUGGGCGGACGCAGCGCAUGGGGACGAGCUGCCCUACGUCUUUGGCGUGCCCAUGGUGGGCGCCACCGACCUCUUCCCCUGCAACUUCUCCAAGAAUGACGUCAUGCUCAGUGCUGUGGUCAUGACCUACUGGACCAACUUCGCCAAGACUGGCGACCCCAACCAGCCGGUGCCGCAGGACACCAAGUUCAUCCACACCAAGCCCAACCGCUUCGAGGAGGUGGUGUGGAGCAAGUUCAACAGCAAGGAGAAGCAGUACCUGCACAUCGGCCUGAAGCCGCGCGUGCGCGACAACUACCGCGCCAACAAGGUGGCCUUCUGGCUGGAGCUCGUGCCGCACCUGCACAACCUGCACACGGAGCUCUUCACCACCACCACGCGCCUGCCCCCCUACGCCACGCGCUGGCCGCCGCGCCCGCCCCCCGGCGCCCCGGGCACCCGCCGCCCGCCGCCGCCCGCCACCCUGCCGCCGGAGCCCGAGCCUGAGCCGGGCCCGCGCGCCUACGACCGCUUCCCCGGGGACUCCCGAGACUACUCCACCGAGCUCAGCGUCACGGUGGCCGUGGGCGCCUCGCUCCUCUUCCUCAACAUCCUCGCCUUCGCCGCCCUCUACUACAAGCGGGACCGGCGGCAGGAGCUGCGGUGCCGGCGGCUCAGCCCCCCCGGCGGCUCGGGCUCCGGGGUGCCCGGCGGGGGCCCCCUGCUCCCCGCCGCCGGCCGCGAGCUGCCGCCCGAGGAGGAGCUGGUGUCCCUGCAGCUGAAACGGGCCGGGGGCGUCGGGGCGGACCCCGCCGAGGCCCUGCGCCCCGCCUGCCCGCCCGACUACACCCUGGCCCUGCGCCGGGCACCGGACGAUGUGCCUCUGCUGGCCCCCGGGGCCCUGACCCUGCUGCCCAGCGGCCUGGGGCCCCCGCCGCCCCCGCCGCCCCCCUCCCUCCACCCCUUCGGGCCCUUCCCCCCGCCGCCCCCCACCGCUACCAGCCACAACAACACGCUACCGCACCCCCACUCCACCACUCGGGUAUAGGGGGCGGCUGGGGGGGGAGGCCCUCCUCCCCAGCCCUCCC